AAAUGCCCCAUGGGCCGCACAUUUUAACGGCAGCUGGAAUAAACACGUUUCACGUCACGACCAAACCCCACAAAUCUCCUAUUGGCUUUGCGUCGAGGAGGCGAAAGACGCAAAAGGGUAGAUCUUUUGACAAUUACGAAAGCACGUUAACCAUUGUCUCCACACAGAGGAAGAAGUGUAUUCGUGCAGAGAGAGAGAGAGAGAGAGAGAGAAAGUAGGAGAGACAGAUAUUUUUGUAUUGCUCCCCGAUCGCUCCGUUCUUCAAAAUUAGGGUUUCAACUUUCAACAGCUUUUCGUCUUUCAAAGAUUCUGAACGCCAACAUAUACGCAGGUUUUGGUUUAGGAGGACAGUGUUCAAUCGAGAUUUUUGCAUUUGAUAGUGACGAAAAUUGGGGGAUUCUGAAUUGAAGCCGUUUCUAUUGAAUAUAAUUGUAUUGCAGGCCGAUAAUAAGAAUUUCCUGGAAUUGGAAAUUUGUGUUGAAACUCGGGAGGGACUCACAAAGAAAAGGGUGAAUUGUUUUUUUGAGUAUGCUGAGUUCAUGGGCUGAUUCGGUUGCUGCAGCUGAGAAAGCUGCGGCUGGUUCUGCUGCAAAUAACGGGAGUGUUGGUACCACUUCGGCUCCAACUCGAUCAACUUACGUUCCUCCACAUCUACGCAAUCGAACACCUUCAUCGGAACCACCAGCUCCAGCUCCAGUUCAAGGUGGAUCAACUUUUGCCCCAUCUGGUGGGAAUCGUUGGGUUAGUGGUCCUAGGAGUGAUAAUAGUCGACCUGGGUACAGCAGCGGCGGCGGCGGUGGUUGGAACAACAGAAGUGGUGGUUGGGAUAGGGGGAGGGAGCGAGAAGUUAACCCCUUUGCAGAGGAAGACAAUACAGAGCAAGAGUUGGGUGAACAGGAGAAUACUGGGAUUAACUUUGACGCAUAUGAAGAUAUUCCGGUUGAGACUAGUGGGGAUAAUGUGCCGCCUCCUGUGAAUACUUUCGCAGAGAUCGACCUGGGUGAAGCACUCAAUCAAAAUAUACGGAGGUGCAAGUACGUGAAGCCUACACCAGUGCAGCGACAUGCCAUACCAAUUUCCCUUGGAGGUAGGGAUUUGAUGGCUUGUGCCCAGACUGGGUCUGGGAAAACAGCUGCUUUCUGCUUCCCAAUAAUCAGCGGAAUUAUGACAGGACAGUUUGCACAGAGACCUCGUGGGCGUGUAGCUUUCCCACUUGCUCUUAUUCUCUCUCCAACGAGAGAGCUCUCAGUGCAAAUUCAUGAAGAAGCUAAGAAAUUUGCUUAUCAAACUGGUGUCAAGGUGGUCGUCGCUUAUGGUGGAGCACCUAUUAACCAGCAGCUCCGAGAACUGGAAAGAGGGGUUGAUAUACUUGUGGCAACCCCAGGGCGACUGGUAGAUUUGCUGGAGAGGGCAAGGGUAUCAUUAGAGAUGAUAAAGUAUCUGGCUCUUGACGAGGCAGAUCGAAUGCUGGAUAUGGGUUUUGAACCUCAAAUAAGGAAAAUAGUGGAACAAAUGGACAUGCCUCCACCAGGUGUCAGACAGACAUUGCUUUUCAGCGCCACCUUUCCGAAAGAGAUACAGAGACUGGCAUCUGAUUUUCUUUCAAGUUACAUUUUUCUGGCUGUUGGACGAGUUGGUUCUAGUACUGAUCUAAUUGUUCAAAGGGUGGAAUUUGUUCAUGAAGCUGACAAGAGAAGCCACCUCAUGGACCUUCUCCAUGCACAGAAGGCAAAUGGUGUUCAUGGCAAGCAAGCUCUGACACUGGUGUUUGUGGAGACUAAGAAGGGAGCUGAUUCACUGGAACAUUGGCUGUGUAUGAAUGGUUUUCCUGCUACUACUAUUCAUGGUGACAGAACACAGCAGGAAAGGGAAUAUGCCUUGAGGUCAUUCAAAAGUGGCAACACGCCGAUUCUAGUCGCGACAGACGUGGCGGCACGUGGUCUCGAUAUCCCCCACGUUGCGCAUGUGGUCAAUUUUGAUCUUCCGAAUGACAUAGACGAUUAUGUCCACCGGAUAGGCCGGACAGGUCGAGCUGGCAAGUCAGGGUUGGCCACUGCCUUCUUCAAUGAGAACAACUCUUCAUUGGCUAGGUCACUGGCUGAGUUGAUGCAAGAAUCAAAUCAAGAAGUACCCGCUUGGCUUUCCCGCUUUGCGGCUCGAUCUUCCUAUGGUGGUGGCGGGAAGAACCGUCGUUCUGGCGGAGGGCGGUUUGGUGGUAGGGAUUUCCGACGAGAUUCAUCUUUCAAUAGGGGCGGCGGUGGGGACUACUACAGCGGAGGUUCCGGUUAUGGUGGUGCUGCCUCUAGUGGUGGUUACGCUGGAGGAUAUGGCGGUGGUCAGGGUAUGACAAGUGCGUGGGACUAGUAUGAUUAUCCCACUUUUUCGCCGCGCGGUUUGGUUCCAUCUUUGGGAGACAGUUCUUGUUGUGGUAGCGAACUUCACUUGUUUAGUUGUUUUAUAGAGAGAAGUAUUUUGAACAUUUUUUGGUCUCAUUUUUGCCAUUGUUCUGAUGUUUGAAUUUCCCCCAUUGGCCCUUGUAAUCCUAGAACGUUUUUUCUGUGCUAUGGGGAAUGAUUGACUAUUAAAAGUCUUUUGGUUCA